AAUAUUAAUGAAUAGCACUGCGCAAGUCUUGUUUUUAAAGGUGGAAUAAGGGAAUGUUAAUAAAGUUAUUGAAAUACUCCAGCAACAUCCUAAUUUAAUAGAUCUGGAGAAUGCGAAGUCAGGACAAACUUGCUUGACAAUAGCUUGUCGUAAGAAUGAUGGAGCUAUGAUCGAGAAAUUGAUUGUUUAAGGCGCUGAUAUCAAUAAGACAAAUAGAGUAAGAUAUAAAGGUUGAUGUAGUUAAAUCAGUCGCCAUUAUGGAUUUGCUCAUUUUACAAUUAUCGUAGGACUGCAGAUUUUCUGUUGAACCAUGGUGCUGAUGUAAACUAGCAGGACAAAGUAUUUAAUAUUGAGUAUACAAGAAAGGAUUCUCUCCUUUGAUGAUUGCAGCGUAGAGAGGAAAUUUAGAGACUGUGGCUUUAUUAUUGAAUGCCAAGGCGAACAUCUAACUGUUAAAUAAAGUAUAAUUGUAUUUUAGCACAUCAUUAUAGAAUCAAGAUACAGUAUUUGAUGUUUGCAAGGACUAUGAAACUCUAUAAUUUAUGAUACAGACAUUGCAAAUAGAGGAAGUGAGAGUGAAGCAGCCAGAUAAAUUCAAACCAAGACAAUAAUAGAAUGUCAAUUCUAUGAAAUCAACUUAGACCAAGUUCUCCAAUAACUCUUACAGAAGAGAGAAGUCUGAAUCUAUUCCCAAUUUAAAUGAAGAGUUUUACACUAUUCAAACCAUGAUCAAUUCAAUAUGCGAGGAGAUGCAACUCGUUUUCAAUGAAAGCAUCUAAAAGUUCAAGGAUUGUAUUUUGAACAAAUAAAAUUUGGCUGAGGCCAAGAAAUCAAUUUCAAAUGAAUAUGAACAAAUUCAAUAAUCGUAGGAUAUUGAUGAUAAUAUUCAAUUCCAAUAUGAUAAUUUCCAAUAUGAGAUCAGUAGACAAAUAGGGAGAACCCUCUAUUCCAUUAUUCAUAAUUUGGAUAAGGCGUAGGUGAAAUCACCUUCUCCGAAGAAUAAGAAAUAUUUAUCAGCAGAACCUUUAAUUGAAGCCACAGUUGAAGAGGAGUAAUCAACUCCAUUGAGUUAGUUUCGGAACCAAUUGAAGAGGGUGGAAACCCCAUCUCAGAUAAAGGAACCGUUGAGUAGAGGGAGUGUCAAAGGGGAGAACGAGCAAUUCAAUAGGAUGAUGACUUAGAAAUUAGAGAUUCUGAAUGAAAUGAUAAACUCUCGAAUCGGAAAUAGGAAAUAGUGA